AUGGACAAUGUUCUUAUUCCACAUGAGUUAGUGAAAGGCUAUUCUCAUAAGGGGAUUUCAGCCAGAUGUACAAUUAAGGUUGAUAUUAGAAAGGCCUAUGACUCGGUUGAAUGGCCCUUCUUGAAAAUGGUAUUACUGGAGUUUGGUUUUCCCUCAAAGCUGGUGGACUUAAUCAUGGAGUGUGUGACAAUUGUGCAAUAUUCACUACUAGUGAAUGGUGGUUUAACUCCUCUGUUCAAGGCAAAGAAAGGGCUCAGGAAAGGAGACUCCAUGUGUCCAUACUUAUUUGUUUUGGCAAUGGAAUAUCUGCAUAGAACCCUAGCUGAUGAAAAUUCCAUAAAGCUGUUAUUUAACACCUUCAAACAUUUUUCAAAGUUAUCAGGACUGCAUGUUAACAUGGAGAAGAGUUCCUUAGAUAUUGCUGGGGUGACUGAUCUAUUUAAAGAACAGAUGCUACAAGGACUCAACCUUACUCUGGGUGAAUUACCAUUCAAAUACUUGGGGGUUCCACUCUCAACUAGAAAGCUGUCCAUCCACCUGUUUGCCUAUGGUGGAGAAAAUGAUAGCAAGGAAAAAUUGCUGGUCCUCUAA